UGACGUCUUAAUGUUGCGACGAGUUGUAGGCAAUCGUUUUGUUUUCACGCUUUGACCGCCGUGUAAUUUAUAUUAUCGUGAUAACAGUACGCUAAUAUAUUUGUUACUUGCGCAUUCACUAAGAGCAGCAAUGAGCAAACGGAAAGCGCCGCAAGAAAGCUUAAAUGAGGGAAUUACUGACUUUCUCAUUGAAUUGGCCAAUUAUGAAAAAAAUGUAAACAGGGCGAUCCAUAAGUACAACGCAUACAGAAAAGCUGCAUCUGUGAUUGCUAAGUACCCACAUAAAAUCAAAAGUGGCACUGAAGCCAAGAAACUGGAUGGAGUUGGUGCAAAGAUUGCUGAGAAAAUUGAUGAGUAUUUAACCACGGGAAAACUUCGCAAACUGGAAAAGAUUCGCAAUGAUGACACCAGCUCCUCUAUCAACUUUUUAACUAGAGUCACUGGAAUAGGCCCAGCUGCUGCUCGAAAGUUCUAUGAUGAAGGUGUCAAGACCCUAGAUGAUCUGAAGAAGAUUGAACACAAGCUGAACCAUCAUCAGCAGAUUGGCCUUAAAUAUUUUGAAGAAUUUGAGAAGAGAAUUCCUCGCUCAGAGAUGGAGAAAAUGGAGACUUUAAUAUUGCAAGAGUUGGAGCAGCUUGAUCCGGAGUACAUUGGCACAAUCUGUGGCAGCUACAGACGAGGAGCAGACUCGAGCGGUGAUAUUGAUAUACUUCUAACUCACCCAGACUUUACCUCCCAGUCUCAAAAACAACCCAGACUGCUUCAUGCAGUGGUGGAACACCUUGAGUCCAUUGGCUUUGUCACUGAUACCUUAUCCAAAGGAGACACGAAGUUCAUGGGUGUGUGCCAGUUGCAAAGAGGAGUUGAAGGUGAGAAUGAGGAGGAUUAUGAUCAUCGCCGUAUUGAUAUCAGGCUUAUUCCUAAGGAUCAAUAUUACUGUGGUGUGCUCUAUUUCACUGGGAGUGACAUAUUCAAUAAGAAUAUGAGAACCCACGCUCUUGAGAAAGGAUUCACCCUUAAUGAGUACACUAUUCGUCCGUUGGGAGUGACUGGUGUACCUGGAGAGCCCUUACUGGUGGACAGUGAAAAGGACAUUUUUGAUUACAUCCACAUGAAGUACAGAGAGCCAAAAGAGCGCAGUGAAUGAUAAAAAUAAAUAAGAUUUGUAAAUUUGUUAAUGCCUCAGUUAAAAUGCAUGCAUUAACAUAAUCCGCAAGUGUAAACUGGUUGAAAUUUUAGUCCCUUUUAUUUUUCUCUUUUCUUUUUUAUGUUAACGUAUUGGUGUGUGCUGUGUAUGGAAGUGUAGCACCUCAGAUUACAUGCUCUGAGCAAGAAGACAAUAAAGUGGCAAAAUGUAUUAACUAUUUAAA